AGUUAGUUAACUUUUUAAAAUUGAAAUUUCCGCUAUUGAUAUUAAAAGAAAAAAAAAAGAAAAUCAAAAAAAUGAGUCGCAACCAUUUAAGCGGUGAUGAAACGGAACUUGUAACUUCCGAAGAUGAAAUAGAAAGUUUUUGUGAUUCCGAAUUAAAUUGUAGUGAUAUUAGUGAAACUCCGUGCAAUAUAGAAGAUCAAAAUCCACAAUUAAGUAAAAAUAUUUCUUGUUCAAAAACGUCGUCGAAAUCUGAACGAAAUUGUCCCUUUAGCAUAGAUAGCAUAUUGGGACGAUCGAAUAACUUACAUAAAUAUAAUAUAGAUACAUCAUCGAUAAACAACAGUAAUACAACAACGAUUACAAAAUCUUCUUCCAGUCAAUUAUCUCCGGAAGUUUCAUCUUACGAUCUUGGAAAUAUUUUAAAGAAUGACGUCUCCUCAAUUCCUUCCUACGACAAUACUAUAAAACGUUUACAUCCAUUAGUAAAUUAUGGAGGAUUAAACUCUGCUCCUGUUAUUUAUAGCAACUGGAUUGGUCUGCCAACAAAACCAAUGAUCGGAACACAUUUUAAUCAUCUGCAUCAUCAUCAUUUAAUGGGACUCCAAGCAAAGCGAUUUCGCAAACAAGGAAUAGACCGUAAACCGCGUCAGGCCUAUAGUGCAAAACAACUAGAAAGACUGGAAAAUGAAUUUAAACAAGAUAAAUAUUUAAGUGUCAGCAAACGUAUGGAACUAUCAAAAUCAUUGAAUUUAACAGAAGUACAAAUAAAGACAUGGUUCCAAAAUAGGCGAACUAAAUGGAAAAAACAGCUAACAUCCCGCUUAAAGAUUGCUCAACGCCAAGGAGUGUAUGAAAAUAAUCUUUACUUAACAAAUGUUGUAAAUAGUUCAAAUUUGGUGGUACCACCUAAUACUGCGCCGCCACCUUCGUCAGCCACAAUUCCAGCCAUAUUUCCUCCCUACUAUGCAUCCGCAUUUUGUUUUGCAAACAACUUGUUAUUCCCCAAAAGUCUAUCUGCAGCCAACAAUUAUCUAAUCAAUUCUCACGGCGAUAAUACACCAAAUAUUUCAUUAAAAUCUACAAAUAAUAACCAAGCACUUGGUCUUAUUGCAAAUACAAGUCCAUCAUAGUGUUAGUUUUUUUUAUUGGAUUAAGAUUAUAUUUGUUAAUUUUAUACAAUUGUCUGAUAUCUAAUUUUUAAAUAUUUAUUAUUUAACUAGUUAUACACUUUAAAUAUUUACUUAGUUCAUACAUAUGUAAGUAAACAAGUAAGAGUGUUAUAUCCGGCUAUACCGAAUCUUAUAUACCCACCAUCAAACCGUAUACCGUAAAAGAAAUACCCUCCUAUAAACACCAGGGGGAUACUUGGAAUGAGCUUAAGUCAAUUAUGGAACGAGCUCUUUCGAAUUAACAAAAAUGUUUUCCGUUUUUCAAACCCUGAACAUAUGUAUGUAUUACGUACCGUUCAUCAUAAAAUUCGGUAGGAAGAUUUCGAUUCAUAUGAAACUUAUUUAUGUAAAAUUUCAUGGUUAUAUUCGUAUUAUUAAAACAGUACUGGGCGUUAGUAAUUUUCUGAAGGGGACCUUAUAUGGGCCGAUCCUCAUAAAAUUUGGUAGAUUCGUUUCAAACAUCAUCUUUUUUGAUGGUGGGUAUACAAAAAUACAUCUAAAGAAAACAUUUAUGAUUGCACGCGGUUACAAAAAACUUGCAACAAUAUUAAAUUCACUGUAAUCAUAUUUCUAAUUAUCGCAACAAUAAAUACAUAAAUCAUUGAAAUGU